CCCCCUACCGACGUCACUUCUACCCGCACCACCAACACCCUUCCACCACAGCUGUCAGUCGGCGGGCCUUCGCUCCUGUCCGCCUUACCCUCGCCAUUGCUUCGCGGCUGUCGUUGUGGGAAGCGAUGCUCUCUCUGCUGCACCGAGCCACGGCGGCGGCCACGGGGGCGCGGGCCGCCAGGGUUGUUCUGUCUCAGCGUUCUUACUCCGAUUUCGCCAGUGAGGCCACCUUCGACAUUAAGCCAUGCGAGGUGCACAAACUGGAGUCAGCCCCUCCUGUCCGAGCGACAUUGACGCGUGAACAGGCGCUACUGUACUAUCGCCAGAUGCAGCUCAUCAGACGCAUGGAGCUCAAGGCUGACCAGCUGUACAAGCAGAAGAUCAUUCGUGGGUUCUGUCACCUGUACGAUGGGCAGGAAGCGUGUGCUAUAGGGAUAGAGAACGCCAUCACUCUGGCUGACCACGUGAUCACCGCAUACCGGGCUCAUGCCUACGCUUACACACGCGGUGUUAAACCACGUGCCAUCCUGGCGGAACUCACUGGUCGUCAGGGUGGCUGUGCUCAGGGUAAGGGAGGCUCCAUGCACAUGUACGGAACUCACUUCUAUGGUGGCAACGGCAUUGUGGGAGCACAGGUACCUCUGGGAGCUGGUAUCGCCCUCGCCUGCCAGUACCUGGGACGUAACGAGGUCUGUGUCUCUCUCUACGGGGACGGAGCAGCCAACCAGGGCCAGGUGUUUGAGGCCUACAACAUGGCUGCCUUGUGGAAGCUUCCCAUCGUGUUUGUGUGUGAGAACAAUCGCUACGGGAUGGGUACCGCUGUUGAACGAGCCUCUGCCUCAACCGAAUACUUCCGUCGUGGCGACUACCUUCCGGGUCUACGGGUGGAUGGUAUGGACGUGCUGUGCGUGCGGGAGGCCACUGCCUUUGCCGCAGAUCACGCUCGCUCCAACAAGGGACCCAUAGUGAUGGAGCUACAGACCUACAGAUACCACGGCCACAGCAUGAGUGACCCUGGUGUGAGCUACCGCACGAGAGAGGAGAUUCAGGAAGUCCGUACCAAGAGUGACCCCAUCUCUCUGCUCAAGGAUCGUAUCCUCAGCCACAACCUCAGCUCAAUCGAGGAGCUGAAGGAGGUGGAUGCGGCUGUGAGGAAAGAGGUGGAGGAUGCUGCCACCUUUGCCACCUCAGAUCCAGAACCGCCAAUGGAUGCCCUGGGGAGUCACGUGUUCCACUCGGAGGCGGACUUCCUGGCACGUGGUGUCACUCCCUGGCAGCGUGUCCGCUGCACCUCGUAGGGAGACACUCGGGGAGACACGGGGAGACACGGGGAGACACGGGGACACUCUGGGAGACUCUGGGAGACACUGGGAGACUCUGGGAGACACUGGGAGACUCUG